UGCUGCUGCUCCUCUCGCCCAGUGCAUUGUGGUCUGUGAGCUAAAAGGAAGCUGCAGCAGCGGAAUCUGAAGAAUUCGAGGUGUCCGCCAAGUCUCUGCUGCUCACCGACCACUUCCAGUCCGUCUGUAGCUCUGUGCACCGUCGGGACUGCAAAGGUUGAACACGGAGAACAAAAUGUCUCAGGCCGACAAAAUGAAGCAGGGCCAGUUCACCAACCCUGAGACCCCAGGGUACGUUGGAUUCGCCAACCUGCCCAAUCAGGUUCAUCGCAAGUCAGUAAAAAAAGGAUUCGAGUUUACAUUGAUGGUUGUAGGUGAGUCUGGACUUGGAAAAUCCACCCUGAUCAACAGCCUCUUUCUUACUGACCUUUACCCCGAGAGAGUCAUACCUGGAGCUGCAGAAAAGAUAGAAAGGACGGUUCAGAUCGAGGCGUCCACUGUAGAAAUUGAGGAGCGAGGAGUGAAGCUCCGUCUCACGGUGGUAGACACACCAGGAUACGGAGAUGCUAUCAACAGCCAGGACUGUUUUAGCACCAUUAUCAGCUACAUCGAUGACCAGUUUGAACGCUACCUCCAUGACGAGAGCGGUCUGAAUCGUAGACACAUCGUUGACAAUAGAGUUCACUGCUGCUUCUAUUUCAUCUCCCCGCUCGGCCACGGCCUCAAGCCCCUGGACGUCCAGUUCAUGAAGGCCAUUCACAACAAGGUUAACGUGGUUCCUGUCAUCGCCAAGGCCGACACUCUCACCCUCAGAGAGAGGGAGAGGCUCAAGCGCAGGAUUCUGGAUGAGAUCGAUGAACAUGGUAUUAAGAUUUACCACCUUCCUGAUGCUGAGUCGGAUGAGGACGAAGACUUCAAAGAGCAAACUAGGAUCCUGAAGGCCAGCAUCCCGUUCGCAGUUGUAGGAUCCAACCAGCAGAUUGAGGCCAAAGGGAAGAAGGUGAGGGGCCGUCUGUACCCCUGGGGAGUGGUGGAGGUGGAGAACCCAGAACACAAUGACUUCCUCAAGCUGCGGACCAUGCUGAUAACCCACAUGCAGGACCUACAGGAAGUGACCCAGGACCUGCACUAUGAGAACUUCCGCUCAGACCGCCUCAAGCGGGGUGGCAGAAACGGACCGGAGCCGGAGGAAAUGGACAAGGAUAUGAUCCUGCAGGAGAAGGAGGCUGAGUUGAGACGGAUGCAGGACAUGAUCACCAAGAUGCAGGCCCAGAUGCAGAAGCAGGGAGACGGCGAGGGGGACGUGUGAAAUGUCCAUGGUGUUUGAGCCACCGCUCAUGUCUGACCAGAGAGGAGUGACUCGUACUGAUUGCCACUAUCUUCAUUCAGUCCCACAUGGGAUCUGGAGUUUUUUUUUAAAUAUACAUACAGUAAGAUAUAUUCAAACAGUGUUAUGGUUAUAUAUUUACAAACGGUUCUAUUUCUUUUUUUAUGUUUUGUUUGUUUUUUAAAACUUAUGCCAGUUACUCAAAUGAAGUCAUGUGACCCAUCUUACAAAAAUUGUGAAGUAUAUUUUUUAAUACAAAUCCAUUGGGAUCUUCUGUUACUUCUCCAGUUUGUCCUUAACUUUCUUUUUUUUGCUAUUGAGAAAAACCAAAGUAUUGGUGCUUGGAUUCAGUGCGAUUAGUCCAAAAUCAUCUCAUGCUAAGUAGCAUUAGCUGUGAGGGCGCUUCAUUGGGAGACUCAACUAUGGUGAAAACUCAUAGCAGAAGCGGCUUUUCAUUUCAUCGUUUCAACAUUCAUUUAGUCAAACAUGAUUUAAGAUAACUACACGCUUCCCAUCAUAUAGGGUUCACUCUGCUCAGCGUUAUGUUAUCUCACUCGUAUGCAUGCAACUCUGUCGGCUCCUCCCUUAUUUUACCCUCGAGUGCAGUUCUCAGAUCAGUGUCAUGAAGUACAACUGCCCCGAAGUGUUGUUUAGCUCUGUUUGAGUUCGAUCUGAAAGAACCCCUUGACCUCCUACAGUCUUCCUGUAGAACUGACCAAUGAAGGACAGACAAAUUAGCUUUUUUUUGUUUUUAUUUACUGUGACACACCUCUGUUUGGUGCAUCUUUGAAUUGGAUGUAUUUACCUAAUAUCUCCUCUCUAUUGUAAAGUGAAGUCCUGUGCCAGGGAGCAUCUGUUUCAUUGAGAUUUAUGGAAUCAACUUUCAUGUGUCCCGACUGCUGAGUACCUUCUGGUUUCCAUGGCCACCCGACGAGGUCAAUGUAGCCAAUGUUCCCCCCCACCAGCCAAGAUGUGUUCCUGACAUUCCUCUUUGUGCGGUUUUUAUCCAAUAUUAAAGUACCAAAUAUUGUUCUUGAUACAUAUAUUGUAAUAAAGGUUUUAUUCAACUUGAA